AUGAGUAAUGAUCUUGAAAUUAUUACCAGGUCAUUGAGCAUGGUCUGGGACAUCUGCCAUUUACAGAAAAACAGAUCAGAUGAGAAGUCAGCAUGUAUAGCAAUCUGCAACAGAAUGGGAUUAAAGGGAUAUCAGAUUGGGAAAACAAAGGUAUUUUUAAGAGCUGGGCAGAUGGCUGAACUAGAUGCAAGGAGAACUAAAAUCUUGGCUAAUGCAGCAAGACGAAUACAAAGGCAAAUCCGAACAUAUCUAACCAGAAAGGAAUUUAUUUCCCUAAAAAGAGCUACAAUAAAUAUGCAGAAAUAUUGGAGAGCCAAACUUGCACGAAAGCAGUAUGAACAAAUGAGAAGGGAAGCUGCUUCAAUUCGCAUACAGAAACACCAGCGUACCCAUAUGGCAAGAAAAUUCUACACAAAAUUACAGGCAUCUGUAAUUGUUAUCCAGACUGGAUUACGAGCAAUGGCAGCUAGAAACGAUUUCAGGCAUAGGAGAAGAACCAAGGCUGCAACUUUGGUUCAGACAAGGUGGAGAAGACACAAUGCUCUUUCUACUUAUAAACAUCAAAAGAAGGCCACUCUUUCACUUCAAUGUCUUUGGAGAUCAAAGGUUGCGAGGAAGGAACUUAGAAAGCUCAAAAUGGCUGCAAGAGAAACAGGUGCACUCAAGGAAGCUAAGGACAAGUUGGAGAAGCGUGUUGAAGAGCUUUCAUGGAGACUAGAAUUUGAAAAGCAUUUGAGGAUUGAUCUUGAAGAAGAUGAGGGGCAAGAAAUUGCCAAGUUACAAAGCACAUUACAUGAAAUGCAAGAGAAGUUAGAAGAAGCCCAUGCUGCAGUCAUUCAUGAGAAAGAAGAAGCAAAGUUAGCAAUCGAACAAGCUCCACCAGUCAUAAAGGAGGUGCCAGUAGUGGAUGAUACUAAACUAGAAAUACUGAGAAAACAGAAUGAAGAACUAGUACACAGAUAA